UUCGACUUUAAGAUAGAGUACCUGAAGGGCACCGAGAACGUGGUGGCUGACUGGUUGUCUAGAGCGAACUUACGAGAAGAUGUCGGGGAGGACACGUUGGUGGAUCGAAUUCAGAUGAAUCCAGAGCUAAGGGUGGCGUACUGUGCGGAAGCCGAACAAGAUGAGGGCUUGUCAGUACCACUUGUUGAAAGGUUGAAAAGGUAA